AUGAAAGUAUUUUUUAAAAUAGUAUUUUUAAUAUUUUUAACAUAUAUUUUUCAAGGGUUUUGUAACGAAACUAAUAUAAAACUUCACAAAAGUUCCCGUUUAAUGGAAUUAUAUCAUGCAGCUGUGAAAGUUUUAAUAUCAAAUGGUCAGAUAGAUGCUUUAAUUAAAAAACACAAUGUGGAUUAUUCACCAACUGAAUCAUUAGAUGGUAUAUCUGAUAUUGAACAAGUUGAUAUAAGUAGUGAUAUUAAUGAUGUAUUAAGUAAAAUAUUAAAAAAUAAAGAAGUAAAAGUAGGAGCAUUGAAGGGAAAAAAUUGGGGAUCAAUAGGAGACUAUAAUGAAGAUCCACCAACCGGUUUUUGGCCAGAAUUAAUGUUUUUAAUAUGGAAAACUAUUUCUAAAAGAAUUUUUGAUGAUGAAAAUGCUAUUAAAGUAAAAUACUUAUUUUUUGUUGAUGUAUUUAAUGCUUUAAAUAAAAAUGAAAUAGACAUAACUGAAAAUUAUUUUCUGUCACUUCCAAGUUCGACAGAAGAAGGUUUAAGAAAUGAUACAUCGAAAAUAUCUCAAGGAUUAUCUUUAAUUACUCAUUCAAAUAAAAUUAUAGUAUUAAAAGAGCUUAAUAUUAAUAACUUAAAUGAUCUUAAAUCAUAUAUUUCAAAAAAUAGUAAUGUAAAAAUUGCUUGCCUAACUGAAGCUAACUGUAAAGCUGUUAAAGAUGUUUUUGAAAGUGGUGUAAAAUAUGUACACAAAGGAUUUUCAUCAUAUAGUGAUUUAAGUGAAAGUGUUUUAUCAAAAGAAAACUUAGCUGGUAUUGUAUCUGGAUUACCAACAGAUUUUAAUGAUCCUAAAUUAACUAUUUUUGAUACCUUAAUAAAAACGUCCCAUUCUCCAUUUUUUAGGUAG